GAGACAUGUAGCCUUGGGAGGUCCCAGGAUGAUGGCAACUGGUGAGGAUGAGGAAGAUGAUGGUGAUGAGGAAGAUAAUGGCUAUCAUUUCUGGUGGUUCUGCAAGGAAAAGUAACAUGAUGCUGGACCAGAUGGAUUUCUCGGACCCUCUCUGGGGUGCAGACUCUGACCAAGAAUCCCUCACUGGGAGUGACCUCAGGGGAGACUGCUGCUUCCUGGACAACUCAGCCUUGAAAGCAGAAAAUGGAGAAAAUGCCAGGCCUGGGGGAGCAGCCAACCUGCAGCGUCUGAGCCGGGAGGAGAAACGACGGAGCCGGCGGGCUACAGCGAACUACCGCUCAGCUCAUGCCACCCGGGAGAGAAGCCGGGUGGAGGCAUUCAACAUGGCCUAUGGGGAGCUCCGACAGCUGCUGCCCACUCUGCCCCCGGACAAGAAACUCUCAAAGAUUGAGGUCCUCCGGCUGGCCAUCUGCUAUAUCUCCUACCUCAAUCAUGUUCUGGAUAUUUAGGGGGUGAGGGAGAAAGAAGAGGGGAGAGAGAGAAUGAAAGAGGAAGAAAGAGUGAGUGUGAUUAUUUCUUUAUUCAUGCAUUUAAUUAUUAAGAUCAGUGCUUAGUGCAGUGCAAAACAUAAAAAAGACAUGGUCCAGGCCACCUGGAGCUUCUGGUUAAAUUCUGGCGUUAGCUGCUCAUGCUUAGCUCUCAGUGAAUUCAGCUGGAGUUUUCUGUGUAUUAGUGAAGGCAGAGUGUGGCCUUUCCAAUCUAAGCAAAACAGUACAGUUUAAACACAGCAGAAGA